UGCUCCUGCUGCCAUCUUGAAGCCCGUGCAGCUGCAGGAAGAGUCGUGGCAACUCUUCCCCAGUUAAUGUCACUUCUUCCGAUUUCGUGCUCCUUGGAGAGGACACAGUAUGCAUCAAAAGCAGAGGAUGGAGCCUGUGACCUUUGAAGAUGUGGCUGUGAACUUCAGCCUAGGAGAGUGGGCUUUGCUGGACUCCAGUCAGAAGAAGCUCUACAGAGACGUGAUGACGGAGACCUUUCUGAACCUGAUCUCCAUAGGGAAUACAGAGGAAAAAGAAAAUAUCGAAGACAACUACCAAAGUCUAAGGAAAAAUGUGAGAACUCAGGUGGUCGAGAGGAGUUGUGACUCCGGAGAUGGCAGUCAAUGUGGAGAAACCCAGCAACGAAUUCCAGAGCAUAUCAUUCAUAGAAACACACCUCCUGAAAUAUCAGUGUAUGAAAACAGUGUGCUUGCAAGAGACAUCCUUGUUCAUUCACCUUCACAUGUGCACCUCAGAUGUGAAACUGCAGAGAAACCCUCUAGGCCUCAGGAACCUGUGGAGAAGGCUUUUACACGGGACAAGUGUUGGAAAGAUUCUACUUACUCUGAGUCCUUUCAGACAAAUCAAAGUCUUCCUCGAGAGACACCCUAUCGGAAUAAUGAAGCCUAUAGGAGUCUUAAUUCUGACCAGUAUUGUGAGCGAAUUCACACUGGGGAUAAACUCCAUGAAUGGAAGCAAGUUGAGAAAGCCUUCUGGAGGUACAGUUACAGUCAAAUAUAUGAAAGAAUCACCAUUGGAGAGAAACCAUUUGUGUGUAAGCAGUAUGGUGAAGCCAUGAUUAAUUCCAAUCACCUUAUUAAGCAUGAAAUAAUUAACCCCGAAGAAAAAUGUUAUACCUGUAAGCAGUGUGGGAAAGUAUUCAGAUAUUCCUCAUCCCUCCAGAAUCAUGAGAGAAUUCAUAGCGGGGAGAGGCCAUAUGUGUGUAAGCAGUGUGGAAAAGCCUUCAUUCGUUCCUAUGACCUCCUUAUCCAUGAACGAAUUCACAGCGGAGAAAAACCUUACACAUGUGAGCAUUGUGGGAAGUCAUUUACCCAUUAUAGCGGCUGGUACAGUCAUGAAAGGAUUCACACUAGAGAGAAACCCUAUGUGUGCACACAGUGUGGAAAAGCAUUUUCAUGUUCCACGUCAUUUCGGAGGCAUGAACGAAUUCACACCGGAGAGAAACCUUAUCUCUGUAAGCACUGUGGGAAAGCCUUCACCCAUUCCAGUGCUCGUUACAUUCAUGAGAGGAUUCACACCGGAGAGAAACCCUAUGUGUGCAAGCACUGUGGGAAAGCGUUCCUCCGUGCCAGUCAUCUCAACAACCACGAAAGAAUCCACACUGGGGAGAAACCCUAUAUUUGUAAGCAUUGCGGGAAAGCCUUCAUCCAACGUGAUGCUUGUUAUAAUCACGAAAGAAUUCACACUGGAGAGAAACCAUAUGUCUGUAAGGAAUGUGGAAAAGCAUUUAGGAUUUCCACAUCCCUUCGUGACCAUGAAAGGAUCCACACUGGAGAAAAACCUUACAUAUGUAAUUACUGUGGGAAGGCAUUUAGGGUUUCCACAUGCCUUCACAAACACGAGCGAGCUCACGCUGAAAAGAAACCCAGUGGGUAGAACUUAAGACCAUGUGUGUCCUGUGGAAUUAUCUUUGCUCAACUUGCUGUUAGGAAAAGUGUAACGCAGGGUCAGUCAGAUGGCUCAGGGUGGGGGGGGGGGAAAGCACUUGCCCCAAGCUUGAGCGACAUAGUUGGGUCCUCAGAACCCUGUGAAGAGAGAGAACUGAGUCUCCAAGGUUUGCCUCUGACUCGCACACAUGCACGGCCAUUUGCGUGCGUACCCUCACAUACACUUAGAAAGAAAUGGGAUAAUUGAAAAUACCCUUUAAAAUCUUGGGUUUCACCGUGCAGCCCUUUGGUUGUCCUGCAACUCACUCUGCAGACCAGGCCCACCUUAAACUCAGAGGUCCACCUGCCUCUGCCUCCUGAGUGUUGAGAUUAAAGGUGUGCACGCCACUGCUGCCUGGCUUUAAAAUGCCUUUUAAUAUUGUUUUUUAUUUUUAGUUUUGUGUGAGUGUGUGGGUCUGUGCAUGCGAGGGCUGGAGCAUGCAGAGACCGGAGGUGUCAGAUUUCCCUGCAGCUGGAGUCACAGGUGCCUGUUUCCCAUGCGACUGCUGGAAAGCCAACGUGGGUCCUCUGGAGAACAGUAUCUGCUGAGCCAUCUUUCCAGUCUCUUAGGUGUAAUUAAAAAAUCUGGAAAGAAAUUGCUGGAACAUGAGACCUUAAAAUGUGUAAAUUUGGGCACAUGUGAAUGUGAUGCGGAAUAACAGCCAGUUCCAUCAAAUGUGCUAAGGCACGGGGUUUUUUUUUUUUGAAAAUUACAUUUGGAAUAAAUUACAAUUCACGAACGUUAGGUUUACAUAGGUGUAUGCGCAUGGUGUCCACAUGUCAGGGUGAGCAUGUGGAAUUGGACAGUUCUCAGAAGUCAGUUCUGUGUUUUCCGCUCUAUAGGUCCUCAGAAGGAACUCAGGUUGCCUUCAAAACCAGUACCUCAGCCUGCUGGGCAGGCUCGCUGUCCCUGCUUCAUGCUUUUACUCAGUAAAGAAGUAGAUGCUAAAAAAUUACAAAAUUGAAUACAGUGGAUUCGAACAUACCUGGGAGAGUUAAGAACUCAUUCCAACCAAUGGGGGAAAAAUCAGCAUUAAAAAUAAUAUAAAUUGCAUGUUGUCUCAAAUGAGGUGAAAGGGGAUUCCCUUCUGUAUGUUGUAAAAGCAAGAAAAUCGAGCACCCCAAACACGUUUUCUUUUGAAAGUGUGAUUUUGUGGAACUUGUGAUUUUGCCUAUCAUUUCUGCUGUUCAGAAAACCAAGGUUACAAAAUCCUGUCUGGAAGAACAGCAGUGGCAGCAGUUCACACCACAUGUAUUGAAGUGAUUUUUUUUAGUUCAAUAAAUCAAUUUUUGUACUGAAAUAAGUUCCCUCGAUGAAGAACAGGCUGGAUGAUAUUAAAGGUGUGUGCUACCAAGUUAUGGUGAUUGAUUGGUCUUAUUUCAAUGGGCAUUUUCUGAAAACCAAGUGAGGUAGUACCUUUUCCCAUUUCAUGUGAAACUGCUUGAUUUGUGAAACUUAAGUGAAUUAUAAGAGUCCAGAAAAUUUAGUUUAUUUGUAGUUCUUUUGAAUAAUUAUGGGUCAUUUGAAGUUGAAAAUAGGCUGCUUGUUGACUGUUAGUGUUUUCAGUUGUCCUUACGUGACAGGUUAUAUUUUCUUACUAUUCUUAAUUUAUUGGCAGUUUCCUUAAAUUUUAUGUACACUUGGAUUUUUUUUUAAGAUUUAUUUAUUUUAUUUAUAUGAGUACACUGUAGCUGUCUUCAGACACACACCAGAACAGGGCAUCAGAUCCCCUUACAGAUGGUUGUGAGCCACCAUGUGGUUGCUGGGAAUUGAACUCAGGACCUCUGGAAGAGCAGUCGGUGUUCUUAACCACUGAGCCAUCUCUCCAGCCCACACUUGGAU